AUGAUUGAACAAUUGAUUUUAGCUGUUUUUAUUCUUAUAAUUCUUGGACUUAUUCUUCUUAGUGUUAUUUGUCUAUUACGUUCAUUUAAUAUGGCACCUAGAAGUGAAAAUGAAAAAUAUUUUCAAGAUCCAAUAAGAAAAUCUCGAAAACCAUUUCCAUCCAUCAAUGAUUCACCUUCGAAAUAUCUUUCUGUUAUUAUUCCUGCUUAUAAAGAAGUUGAUCGAUUACCAGCUAUGAUAAAAGAUACAAUGAAUUAUUUAGAACAACGUCAGAUUGCACUCAAAUAUACUGCUCAAUAUGGAAUAGAUAUUGUUCGAGUAUUAACUUUAGAUGCUAAUAGAGGCAAAGGUGGUGCUGUACGAAUGGUGAGUGCUCGAGGUCAAUGGAUUUUAUUUGCGGAUGCAGAUGGUGCAACAACAUUUAGUGAUUUUACGAAACUUGAAAAGAAAGCUUUGGAUGGAAUGAAAAAUAAUGAUGUUGUCAUUUGUGGAUCAAGACGUCAUUUAGAAAAAGAAUCUGUUGCACAAAGAUCAGCAUUUCGUACAUUACUUAUGUAUGUAUUUCAUUUUGAAGUAUGGUUAUUUGCAGUUAAAUCAAUUCGUGAUACACAAUGUGGUUUUAAAUUAUUUUCACGUGAAAGUGCAAGAAAAAUUUUUUUACAAAUGCAUGUUGAACGAUGGGCAUUUGAUGUUGAACUUUUAUAUAUUGCAGAACAAUUCAAAAUUCCAAUAUUUGAAGCUGAUGUUAAUUGGCAAGAAAUUCCAGGUUCCAAACUUGAUCCAUUUACAGCUUCAUUUCAAAUGGGUAUUGAUAUAUUAGCAAUUUGGAUUCGAUAUCUAUUAGGUAUUUGGAGAAUUCAAUAUAAAAAUGAAUAA